GCACGCGGAGGCGGGUACGUGCCGACGUCACCGCUCGCUCGCUCGCUCGCUUUCUGUCAAGAGUCAAAAUAAAACGACUAAAAAAAACUUUUCUAUCGGUACUCUCAUGCGAAAACACCCGAAAGCGAGGACAUGAGGCGGUGAGAAACCGUUGCUCUCCUUGUUCGUAGCGGCUGGUGGGACGCGCGGCGCUUGUCUUCGUGGCGGGGGAAGGAAGGCUGUUGUGCUGUUCCUGCGCUCGUCCUGGGGGUCUUGCUGGGAGAGCCAGCGGGGGCUGCUUUCAGUUUUAGCCGAACCGCUAGCUAACGUCAAGUUGAAGGAAAGUGGAGAGAAGACGCCCACAACAAUACCGGUGCUUGAACGGGGGGGGUUUGUCCGCCAACUGUGCCCUAUGCGACGGCUAGCAGGUGAGUGAUGGAGACGAGAGAGUUGAGCGUGGUGGCUGGCAGCUUCGUGGGCUUCCAGUUUCUCUUCUCGGUGGCCAGUCCACGGCUCUCGCUGGCCGUCGCUACGGGUUACAAACAGCUACCUCCCACCAAGCUCACCGAAUGGAACUCCAGGUUGGUGUCCACUGUGCACGCCUUGAUCGUGGGGCUGUUCUGUUUGUACAUCCUGUGGUUCGACGACGCCGUCAACGCCAACCCCGUCUGGUAAGGCUUCUGGAAAUUCCUCAGCCUCGUUAUUUUAAAAUGCAGCUGAAGCACAAAUCCUGUCGGGGCGGGAUGGGGGAAAGAAAAGGGAACGGUUUCUUUCGUUUUCACGUAUCAGACUGGCAGGGGAUCAAGAAUCUGAAGCUGAAAAACGGUAGAGGAUAGUCUGAGCUGAAAUGUAAUACCUUCUGCGCUGACAAAGAUGGCGUUCAUUUCUUCUUUUAGACAGAGAGAGAAGAGGAGAGAGCAUAUCUAACAUGUCAGAGGAGUCUCCAGUGGGUUGUUGAUUCACUGGAUUUGGCCUUUUAUUCUCCUGUCCGUUUCUUCCCCUCACUCUGCUUCAACUUUUUUUCCCCACUUGAACAAAUUAUUAUCCUCCCAGCCCCACUCUUUU